AACCAGGGAAAGGAGAUACUGAAGACCGAUUAAACCAGCUGCAACUGGGGAUCAGCCCGAAGUCGUCCUGGGGGAGCAGGCAGAACUCCAAGGAAGGAGUAGAAUAAGUAGCAGUUAGAGAAACCAGACCCGCUGGCAUUCCUAAGAGGCACUGGCCAGGUUUAAUUAACAUGGAUCGCUAAAAGCACCUCUUUCUCCUAUGAUCUGGAUGAUCAGAUAGACUUGGCUUCUCUCAGCCUCCUCCAGGACACAGGUUCACAGAGUUCACACCAGGGACUGCCACUGACAGAGAAUCUGGAAAUGGCAAAAACUUAUGUGAAACCCAAGGAGAUGACAGAGUUGGUCAACACACCGUCGUGGAUGGACAAAGGUCUGGGCUCUCAGAAUGAGAUGAAGGAGGAGGAGAGAAGACCAGCUGCCUAUGGGAUGCUUGGCAGCUUAGCUGAAGAGCAUGAUAGCAUUGAGGAAGAAGAAGAGGAGGAAGUGGAUGGGGAGAAGCCUAGGAGAAGGGGUCCCAAGAAAAAGAAGAUGACAAAAGCUCGCCUUGAGAGAUUUAGGGCUCGACGAGUCAAGGCAAAUGCUAGAGAACGGACUCGGAUGCACGGCCUGAAUGAUGCCCUGGACAACCUGAGGAGAGUCAUGCCGUGUUACUCUAAGACCCAAAAGCUCUCCAAGAUAGAGACCCUUAGAUUGGCCAGGAACUACAUUUGGGCUUUGUCUGAGGUCCUGGAAACUGGCCAGACACCGGAAGGGAAGGGCUUUGUGGAGAUGCUCUGUAAAGGGCUUUCUCAGCCCACAAGCAACCUGGUGGCCGGAUGCCUCCAACUGGGCCCUCAGUCUGUCCUCUUGGAGAAGCAUGAGGAGAAACCUCCUAUUCGUGACUCUGCCAUCUCUGUCCACAACUUCAACUAUCAGUCUCCUGGGCUCCCCAGCCCUCCUUAUGGCCAUAUGGAAACACAUCUUAUUAAUCUCAAACCCUCAGUAUUCAAGAGUUUGGGAGAACCAUCUUUUGGGAGUCAUCCACCUGACUGCAGCACACCGCCUUAUGAGGGCCCUCUUACUCCACCCCUGAGCGUCAGUGGGAACUUCUCCUUGAAGCAAGAUGGCUCUCCUGACCUGGAUAAAUCCUACAACCUCAUGCCACAUUACCCUUCCGCAAGUCUAAGUUCAGGGCAUGUGCAUUCAACUCCUUUUCAGGCUGGUACCCCUCGCUAUGAUGUUCCCAUAGAUAUGUCCUAUGAUUCCUACUCCCACCAUAGCAUUGGGGCUCAACUCAAUACAAUCUUCACCGAUUAG